UUGGCAGACUUUUCAGUCUCCUCUAGUUCUACUAUUCAUAAAUCCACUUGAAAUGUUGUUCAAUAAACUCAUUUCGACAAUAAUGAAAACUGUUCGCAAAUGUCCGUGGAUCAGAAGAUAGCAACGAAAAAUUUGAAGAAUUUUCAAUGGAAUGGAAGUCAAUGAAACCAAACUGAAGAUACCAUAUGCAUUUUGGAUUUUGCUACUAUGUGGGGCAAUGCUAUUUUACGCUGAUGUCUUCCAGAUUCAGUUGUACCCACCCAAUGAAAUAUUAUUGAGGAACAACAACUCAAACAAAAAUUAUCUCGCCGGUUUCGUCAUAAAUACACCUGGAUGUAGAAUACCAGAUAUGAAUCCAUUUAGUGAUGGAGUGAAGAAAUAUAUAAAAGAACCAACCCCAUCGAAUUGUAACAAUGGAAUUCCACCUCUAUUUGAAUCGAAUGAUACAUCACUUUAUUUACUGAAUUCUUCUCUGGCAUCCUACAAUAUAAUCGAUGUAAAUGAUUUGAAAUGCUGUUACAGGACAAUCUGGAGAAAAGAACCGAAAGAAGGUGAAUAUGAUAAUAAAAUGGAAUACAGUACCAAUUGUUAUGAUUUCAGCGAAAGUGUCGAUAUCCGGGAAGAGUUCGUUAAAGUUAUUUGCGUGCAUGAUAACAGAACCAUAUACAAAGAUAUGUUUUCCUUCGUCCCAGUGAAACAUUUCUCGAAGGGGACAGUAGAUGACACUGGCCUCAUGAAUAUUCUUGUGAUUGGGCUGGACAGCGUUUCUAGACUGAACCUGCAUAGACAAAUGCCCAAAACUGUGGAUUACCUGAAGCAAAUUGGGGUUGUAGAGAUGCUGGGUUAUAACAAAGUAGGGGAUAAUACCUUUCCGAAUUUGAUUCCAGUGUUAACAGGAAUGUCUGAAGAAGAACUCACGAAAAGUUGUUGGCCUUCCUCCAAACAUUAUUUCGAUAAUUGUUCCUUCGUAUGGAAGGAAUACAAAAAGAAAAAUUAUGUAACUGUUUACGGAGAAGAUUCGUCAUGGAUGGGCUUAUUUAAUUAUCAACGAAGAGGUUUUCGUAAGCAGACCGUGGAUUACGCUUAUAACUAUUUCAACAGAUGGAGUGAGAAUGAAAUCGGAAAUUCUCAUGAAAUCAACGUGGAAGAAUGUGAAGGUGGUAGACUGAUUUACAUUGAUUUACUUGAAUACGUCAAAAAAAUUCAAAGAACCAUGGAGAGAAAUAAGCUCCCUUACUUUGGAUUCUUUUGGAGCUCAAGUUUAUCACAUGAUUACUUGAAUAAGCCCAAGUUGGGCGAUGAAGCCUACAAAACAUUUUUCAAAACCAUCAAAGAAGAGGGAUACCUGAAAAAUACUCUGUUGAUUUUCAUGAGCGACCAUGGCAUAAGAUGGGGCGGAAUUCGACAAACUUUCCAGGGAAUGAUGGAAGAAAGACUGCCAUUCGUAAUGAUGGUGUUGCCGGACGGGUUCGAAAAUCAAUAUCAGAGAGCAUACCACAAUUUGAAGAGGAAUACAAGACGACUCACCUCUCCAUUUGAUUUACAUGAAACACUGGUAGAUCUGAUCAAUCCGUCUGAUAUGAAGGAUGAAUACUUGGAAGGAGUCGAUCAAUCCAGGGGUGUUAGCUUUUUCAGGCAGAUAAGUAAAGACCGGACUUGUGAAGAUGUCGGAAUUUCGAGUCAUUGGUGUACGUGUCAGCAGAGUAUCGAAAUCGAAAACAACGCUAGCGUCGUUAUCGAGUCGGCCUUGUUUGCAGUGGACGACAUGAACAGUCGGUUGAAGGGUUACGCACAAUGUGCCACGUUAACCCUCGACGCAGUACUGAACACAAGAUUGAUGACACACGGAAGCGCAAUAAGGGGCAAGAAUAAAAUUCAAGAUUAUAUAAUAACUUUGAGGACGUUACCAGGCGAGGGAAUAUUUGAAGUUACCGUUAGAAAACUGGAAAAGCUGAAAAAGUUUGCCAUCAUGGGAACUGUGAGCAGGCUGAAUCUGUAUGGAAAACAGAGUUCCUGCAUAACCGACUUCCAUCUCAAGCUUUAUUGUUACUGUAAAAGUUUAGUUGGGGCAUGAAUGUAAAUAUUACAAGAUUAAUCAUAUCUCAUAUUUCGGCUGUGUCACACCUCUGAGAAGCUUAUCGUGAAUUCGUUUUAGUUUUGAUCGUUAUGUUGAGGUGUAAUAUAGUAAUAUAUUUACUAGUGAACUGAUA